AGAUGAUUAUUUGGUUGUCUUCCUGACAGUCGACUUACUGAUGACACAGCAGUGAACUGUACGAAACACGAUGCGGAUGACGUAUAGAAAUCAUCUAAAGAAGUCGUCAUUAUUAAAGAAAAUAGUACUUAUGACAACGUGACGUGUGCUGGGAAAACAUGCGGCAACAGGCGCGGCUAAUUUCAUGGCCCAAAAGGGGUAUGGAGACAUUCAGUAUGGUUCGGCGAAGCGAAACCGUCCAGCUGGACCCACCGCAGCAAACCAAAUUCCACUGGGGAAACGGGCCUCUAAGCCCAACUCGGGACCUUCUUACAACGCCCAGCAUCUGCCGCCAAUGCCGGGUGCAGCCAUGUACAAUCCUGGAAGAGCAGGGAUCCCCAAAUCCCAAAUGGGGCUCGGGAGUCAAAUGAGACAAAUUGUUCCAAUGCCAAUGCAACACCAGCCGCAACGUCCACAGCAACAAGCACGCCAGCAACUGCAACCAAAGCGCCCACAGCAGCAACAGCCUCAACGUGCGCUGAAUCUGUCGGGUCACGGAAUGCAAGGACAGCAGCAGAGAAUGCAAAACCCGGCUCAUCAAAUGGGAAGAUAUGCUCAGGAGGGAACCUACUCGGCAAAUCCCAUGGCGAUGAUGAGACAGACUCCUGAUGCGACGGCGGCUCCUCCUUAUGUGCAGCCGUCUUAUGGUGCACCAAAUAUGUAUGGGAUGGGAAAGGCUUCAAUGAGUGGGCCUCGAAGCACGGGUUACGAAAUGAUGCAACCUCCUAGAAUGGGUAUGGUCCCGGCUGGUCCGAGUGCUGGUUACUCUGGAGCUCCCAGGAUGAUGAAUAUUCAAGCUCCGGGACCUUCCAGUUAUCAAAUGCGUGGACCAUCGAAUGUACCAGCUGCUAACUUCGGGAUGCAUGCGACUUCAGUUUCUUUGGAGAUGCCAUCUUCAUUUCAAGGUGGUGAACCAGAAAUGAUUAGAUACGGCGGAGGUAUGCAGGAACCGUCCCAAUCCCAGGCGCUUAGUAGUUCUGCUGUUGUUCCGAGUCCUCAAAAGAAGGCGCCAGCUAAUGUCAAUAUUAUUGACAUCGAGAAGUACAGCAAGUUAGUUGGUUGGGACCGAUUAACAAGAGCUCCCGACGACGUUGUGAUUGGACUUCUGAAUGCCAUUUACGACAACAUCAGUGAAAUGGAAAACCUUACUUCGGAAAAAAGAAUCUACGAACUUGUGAAGCUUCUCAAAGAGUACCUGAACCUUUUAUUGGUUCCAACUUACGAGUUCCAGACGUAUUUUGAGCAGUACCUGAAGAGAUUAAUCAAGGAUCAAAACUGGAUCUCGAUCACUACUGCUCAGGCGCUGUGUAUUUCAGUAACAGCUCCUGAUGAUGAAAAAACGCCUGUGAACCGCAAGUUCUUCUGCAAUUACUGCACUCUUAGUUACAGCUCGUCUCUGUUUACAUGCCAGAUGUGUCAAUAUUCGUUCAAGCACAUAGCAGAUUUGCAAGCUCAUGAGUAUCAGUCUCAUGGGAUCUCAAACAAAGCUCUGUACGUAUGUGAUAUAUGUACUCAGAGCUUCCCCCAUAGUCCAAUGCAGCUAAGGGAUCAUAUUUACGAGAAGCAUAUCUGUUCACGUAAGCAUCUCGAGUGUCCGUUUGGUUGCGAGAAACUCAUUUUAAAUAUGAGUGAGUUUUCUUAUACUGAUCACAUCAAGUCGACCCAUCAGUGCUCGAAGUGUAAAGAUAUGGUACAAGGAUCUAUGGAUAUUCAUAUGCAGAUGUUUCACAAUGAGAAGCGAAGGGUCGAAAUGAGCCCAGAUGAACCAAGAAGAAGCGAAAAGCACAGCUCAAGAGGGUCUUCUUCCAGAAGACUUGAUGGUCGAAGUCGCGACAGAGGUGAUAUGCCCCGUGGUAGGUCUUCGCCACCAGUAGCCCCAGCUAGAUCGCGAAGUCCACUUCCUAGUGGCAAGGGACGCAGUAGUGACUACAAUAACAUCAUGGACGUCGAUGUCGCAAAAGCCCAGGAGACGCUGAGAGAAAUGCAGAGAGCUAAAGAGUUGAUGGGUAGAAUUGAUAAUAGCUCUUCGGGAGAACAUUUUCACUACCAGGAACCGCAAAGUAAAGCGAAGUGGCCGCAGUGUAAAAUGUGCAAGCUUCAGCAGCCUCCAGGGGGUUUCAAAUGUGGGAAGUGUAACCAGACGUUUCCGUAUCGUGUGUUUUUGUUCAAGCAUAUGAAAGAUGCUCACAAAAUGAUAAUGCCUCGAUCGUUCGAAUGCGAAAUGUGCGCGAAAGUUUUUUCUGACAUAAGCUUCCUCCAUCAUCACGUGACAAAAGAAGCGCAUGUUUGCAGCUAUGAGCAUUUGCAAUGUACGUACGGAUGUAUGAUGCUGUUCCAAAACAAGAACUCACUGGAUGUACAUACUAAUGCAAAACACGAAUUCAUGUGUCACAUAUGCGAAGCCCCGGUAGUCAACCAGACUAAAAAGAAACACUUCUCUCUUUACCAUCCUGGGGAGAAGUUCAUAGCACCGACUGAAACUUUAAAUUCAGAAGAAAGUAUACUAGGAAACGCAGUCUCUUCUGCUGCGAGUCAGAACCCCCAAACUAUCACACUGGCGCCUAGGAUUCUCAACCAGAUGCGCCAGUCUAUUUUGAAUCUGGCUGCCAAUCGGCAAGAUCUCUUCAUGACUAUGCCUCCCCCGGCGCUCAGCGAAAAAGCAUUUGCUUCGAGAAGUAAGACCCAAUUGGUCAAUAUGGGCUAUAUACAUUGCAGACGAUGUGAGCUAGCUUACCACCCGUCUUUGCCUGUUUGCAAACGUUGCAACAACGUUCCGUUCCUUAGUAUGGCGGCGUUGAAAGAACAUCAAGUUGCGGUGCACAAGCACGCAGACAACUCUGGUUACAAAGAGUGUCCGGUAGUCACAUGUGGUGGGAAAUUCCAAACUUAUUUGCAAUUGAUGAAUCAUCAAGUGGAGCAUUAUUGUCGGGAACAUACCGAAUGCCCCUUUGGUUGUAAAACAUUAAUCGAAGGAGGAGACGCGGUACUGGUGCAUCAUUGUCGCAUUAUGCAUCCGAAUAAAGAAAUUCCGAAUCUAAACUCUGUUGGAGGUAGGCGCGACGAGGCUGUGACCACGGAAAAUUUUGUGAGUUUGCAGAAGCUACAAGAGAAGAUGCAGAAAAAAGGAUCCAGAGCUGACGACCAAGCAAUGGAGAUAGAAGUUACACUGAAGUGUAUAGAUUGUGCAUACACAUGUAGCGACGAUACCAUUAGAAUUUGUGAACAUUGUCCGCCUGCUAAUGCAUUCAAAUGUGCCGACAGCGAUGAACUUCGAGGUCAUCUUUCGGAAUUUCACAAAUUGUUCAUCAAAGGAGACUUUGUAUGUACGAUUUGCUCCAGUAAAAGAGAUCAGCCUCUGAAGUUUUUAGAUGAUCCGAUCAAAUAUCUAGAACAUAGAAGGAAAGUCCACGGAAUCUGCACUGCGCAUCAGCGGUGCCCAAACUUGCCUUGUUUAGUAAUGUUUGAUCCUAAGUCCGUUGCUGGCUCUAAGCAUAUCAGGAUGUUAUGCAACUUCAUGAAGGAACCUCCUCAACCUGACGUAACUGAUGGAGAUCCGUGGAAAAAUCCUGGAUGGAAGAUGUGUUUGAAAUGUCGAUUCACGGCUGAGGUUACACAGAUUUUUGUGUGUGAUAACUGCGAGGAUCCUAAGCCUUUCUUCUUCAAAGACGAAUACUACGCACAUCUGACUCUGACACAUUCGUACAAAGCGGAGUAUACAUUCGUGUGCUUCGUGUGUAAAGCACAAUUCGGAUCUAAUGCUAAGGCCUGGUUACAUCAUCGGGAAUCUCAACAUAGGAUCUGUGACCAGCAUUUGGUCUGUAACCAGAAGGAUUGUGUGUGGAUGGCACCAAAUAGAAGCGAAAUUGAGCAUCAUUUGCAACAAGAUAACUGCAUGGAGCAUGAAAUCCGAGGUGUGGUCGAGGACACAAAAAUUUGUCACGUAUGCUCUCAGAUAUUUUCGGACGGUGUCAUUUUUCAAUGUGUCAUGUGCACCAGAUCCAAGCAGCAGUUCAUGUCGUUACUUGAGUAUUUAGUUCAUAUUGAAAACAUUCAUGAUCACAAAAUCAAAGGAAAUUUUGACUGCCUCGAGUGUAACUUCAGUUCAAGUACGCCUUUCGCACUCUCGAAGCACAACCAUGCGGUUCACAGAAAGUGUCCCUCACAUAAGUUCUGUCCGAAUAAUGUCAAGUGUUCUGUGGUUUUCCCAGCUGAGAGUCUAAACAAGGAACACCAAUGUCUAUUUGCGAUGGACUCGGCUCUUAAAUCUCUGGAAACUCCUCCAAAACGACGUCUAGCGGAUAGGAUUGAUUCUUUCCAAGCGCCUGAACAGCGUGUGAUCCGAAGUCCGAUCGUCUCCGAGAAGCCAAAGGUAAUCGACAUCGAUGAUUCCGAAGAGCUGAAAUGCAAUGAAUGCGGAUUCAGAGCUGAAAAAAAGGAAGAUUUGAAGUGUUCAGUCUGUGCAAAGACUUGCAUCUCAGAAAUUGAGCUGUGUGCUCAUAUGGGAAGCGAACAUAAUUCCAUUGUGCGCGGGAAGUUCGACUGUAUAUUUUGCGUACCUAAAAACGUAUUUGAAGGACAUCCCUCCAAGGUUCUGGAUCACUAUGAAAAGGUGCACAAAUUCUGUCGACAUCACAAGAAAAACGCGGAUCGCAGUGCUCUGGUUCCAGUCUCCAAGUCUGAAAAGGCCCUCUCCAAGCUAGGGUCGUUAAAGCGCAUCGACCCACCAACGAGCAAAGUGUCUCGUCCUGAAGACAAGUUCCUUGAAGCAAUUGGCAUGGCGAAGAAAUCCGAUCAAGAACCGGUGAUUGUUGUCAAUAUUGACAAUUCUAGACCUCUGAUUGAAGAUAUGGAGAAUUUUGCAAGAAGGCAAAGAGAAAAAGCGUUGCCAAUAGACAGGGAAAGGACCAUCGGAUCGUCGGUAAACAGGAGAAGUGCUUUGGAGCCUAAGAUAAUUCGGGAACCCAUCAGACCGGCAUCGCCUCCAAAAGAACCGGAGCUUCCUAAGUUGCCUGAGAAAUAUAAAAUAGCAACAUCGGGUAAAACUAAGCUUUAUGUUUGCAGAAGCUGUAACUACAGAUCGAUUAUGCCUCCGCCAGGUAAGUUCAAGGGAGACAUGAAAUGUAAGCAGAGAAAUUGUGGGCUGAUUUUUCACCAGAAGUAUGAACUGGUCGCGCAUUUAGAGCUGGCGCACAACAAACCUUUGCCACCGAUUAAGGCGAAAAUGGUGUGCGAGUUCUGUCGAGAUGCGAAUGUGAAAAACCCGUUUGCUCAUAAUGCUAGCGUUCCGCUGUGUGAACACAAAAAGUUGGAGCACGGAUGUUGUCGAACGCAUAUAGUAUGCCCUUCGGAAAAAUGCACACUGAUGUUUCCGACAUUGGACUUGCUAGAGCAACACCAUAAUGAGAAAAAGUGUGAAAUUUUGUAUGUCUCGACUGGAGUUGACGAGGAGAAAGAAGAAGAGAAACUGGAAGUGUGGUCCAAAAAUACGGAGUCACUGUCAAUGUGGAAGAAGCGAAAGACGGGUGACCCUGAAAAGAUGCUGACUUGUCUUUCGUGCAGCUUAAAGGCCGAGUCCACUGACUGUGGAAUUGGGUCAUUCAAUUGCGAUCACUGUAGCACGGCAGGCAAAAAAUUAGCGUUUGCGUUUAAGUUUGAACUUCUUGCGCAUAUGCUGCGGGAUCAUUCGAUGAAUAAAGAAACGCAGGCGAGGUUCAAAUGUGAUAUUUGUGAUGAUAAAGAAGUCUCGGCUAUCAGUCUUGUAGCGCAUAGAAAGACCAAGCAUAAUUUUUGCACUGUGCAUUAUCGGUGCACAAAACCAUCGUGCAAUAAGUUGUUCAGCAACGAAAAUGAUCUGAGACGCCACGAAGUGAAAUGCGAACCAAGCUCAAAAAAAACUAAAAGCCCGGCUAAAACUUCUAAAGAUGAAAAGGCAGAGAGAACUCAGGAUCUGGUGGCGAAAUAUGGACUCAAAGAGGCCCAGAGUUUCAAGCUCUACGAAUGUGGGACAUGCGCUAGAAAGUUCGGCUGUAUGACCAUUUACAAAUGCAAUCAAUGCCCAGAAAGUGUCUCGAACUCUUCGAAGCAAUUUGUAAACCUGGUGGAGUUUUUCGCUCAUUUGAAGGAAGCUCACAAAAUAGAAACUGAUAUCGAGCAUUCUUGUGCUCUAUGUGAUAGGUUCAAAUCGAACGCGUAUGAAUUGCAGAAACAUGUAAUGGAAAAGCACCAAGUUUGUGGGCAACAUUAUCUCUGCCCCAGAAUGUGCAAAUAUCUGUUCAAAGACAAAGAGGCCUUGUUGGAGCAUUAUCAAAAAGGAACUUGCACUAAACCAGAUUCGCCUAAACGAAAGAUAAGCGAUUUUGAACGAACUCCGGCGAAAAGAAGGCUAGGCGACGGAAGUUCGGGAUCAAGUCCUGCUGCCCGGCAAGAGCCGAGUGAUAAUUCUUCUGACAAACCGAAGUGGGAUGAUAUGAUGGCGAAUAUGUUAAAAUACACCGACGAAUUGUUAAGUGACGAGGACUCCUCGAAGCCGAAAAUUAUGAAAGUCGACAAAGCGAAUCUGAACCAAGACGAUGGAGGCGUGAUUCUCCCAAAUGACAUGGAUGAAGAAUCCCAAGCGGCCGGUCAAAUAAAUGAUAGCUUUAAGGAAUCAGGAGCAUCGCAAGAACCAGAAUGUGAGAAAUCGUUUCAAGAACUGCAAAAUGUAGUGCUAAUUGAUGAUGAAAAUGAAGAAGAAUUGGAAACAAAAGACGCCGAGAACUAUUCUACUAGCAAUGAUGGAAAUGAAAAUGAUUGUGAGUUCGCGAGUCAGAAUGGCGAUGCGCAAAACAAUGCGUUAGUUGAACCCGAGGAGGGGUUCGGAUAUUCAGCUGACGAAAAUGCAGCGACUGAUGCAGGAAUCGAGGGAGAAGAAAACCCGGGUGCAAAAAUUAAAACUGCCGUCGAAGAAAAUAGUGGCGCGAGCAAUGCAUUUGACGAGUCAGUGAACGAUGAACUAGAAAUAGAUACCAUGGGCGAAGAUGAUUCGUUUACAGUAGAGUUCUCGUAGAACGCAAAGUCAAAACUAUAAAACGCAAGGUCUAAACAAUGAAACUAAGAAGCGGUCUGUCUCAUUUAAAGCAAACUCAAAUAAUUGGCCAAGCAAUGAACAAAAUGAUACAAAAUCGCAAAUGUUUGAGCAAUUUAUUUUGAACCCAAUUGUAGGGUCAAAGUUCAGCACUCGAAAGGAAAAAUUAUGUUUUUCAAGGUGUCUUAUGCAAAUUACAGUAAUCAGAUGACCCAAGCAAGAGAAAUCAAUAAUUAAAACAAAGCAAAAAAAAAUGUCUCACUACAAUAAUUUAUAUAACAAUCCCAUCGAUUAAAUUCUUUUAAAUUGUACUCAAUGUUAUUUCAAAAACUAUCCAGCCAUGUUUAGCCGGUCUCAUCCAGUUUUCAAUUGAAAUACAAGUCAAAAUAUUGAAGUCAAAAUAACUAGAUUAAUCUGACAGGAUUAGAUUUGGCCAAAAGUUCAAUUAUUACUAUCUUUUGAAAGAAAAAAUAAAGUGUUAAUG